CGGCGACGUAGCACGCAUUUCAUUCUCUAGCUAGUCUAGUACUCCAUGUCCAUGCAUAAUGGCCCAGUGCCAACACUUGAAGUGCUUGCCAAAGACGGACCUGAUAUUCUCAAUCUUCCACGUCCUGGACAGCCACUGCGGGAAGAUCGCAAUAUCGAGACAGUCACUUUCACAAUUACGAAGAAGACAACGAAACAACAGCUUAGCGAGAAGCUCAAGGACUAUGGGCUGUCAAUGAGUGGGAAUCGAAGUGAUCUAAUAGAACGCCUACGUCAAUUCGCACAAGACCGGACACAAUGGGCUGCGUACGUACCAUCAAACCUUAAGGCCUUAUGGCCUACUGGUCGCUAACUCCCUGGCUAGUUUAUUCAGACCCGCAGUGAAGCGGAAGCGCGGCGACAUCUCUGCAAGUCGAUCUACAAGUCAUUCAGCAAAGCGGAUUCUCACCCAGUUCGGCCCACGAGAACCUAUCACCGAAUAUCAGAGCAGGCGCACCGGAGAUCAACGGGCACCACGCCCCAUUCAGGAAGGAG